AUGUGUAUAGUUUCAGAUAGAAAUGAAAGCAUCUUCAAUGCCACAAAAGCUGUGUACCCAGAAGUACCACAUUGUAUUUGCAUGUUUCACUUGUGGCAGAAUAUAAAACGCACAUUCAAGAAAUAUCACAAACAAUUGAAGGAUAUCUUCUUUGCUUUGGCUAGAGCUUACACGAUAGAGAAGUUUGAGUACCAUAUGACAGAGAUGUGCAAAAUUGAUCCGAGAGUGCAGCCUUACUUGUUCAAAAUUGGCUACGAAAGGUGGUCUAGAGCAUAUUCCAAAGUGAAAAGGUCGAUGGUAAUGACUUCCAAUAUUGCAGAGUCAAUUAAUGCAGCAAACAAGGAUGCUAGAGAGUUACCAGUGAUGCGAUUGCUGGAGUACAUGAUAAAUUUGCUACAACAGUGGAACAACAAAAACAGAAAAAGUGCAAUGGAGACAUCUACAGAGCUUGGCAAAAAGUACGAAAAACUCCUUCGGGAAAAUCUGAUUGCAUCGGAGCAAAUGACGGUGAGGCUUGCUACGGAGAAGUUAUAUACUGUGUUUGAAGGGGUAAGGCGAAACAUAGUGUGCCUUGAAGAGGGAACAUGCAGUUGUGAAAAAUUUCAAAUGGAUGAACUUCCAUGUCCGCAUGCUUGGGCGGUUUUGAAGAACCAGCAGCUGAAACCUGGCCAGUAUUGCUCUUUUUACUACAAGAAGGAUAAACUCCUUAGAACUUAUGAAUUUCCAGUGAAUCCGAUGUCAAAUGAGAGUUUAUGGGUAAUCCCAACAGAGGUGAUGGAAGAUGUGGUCCUACCACCUAAAGGGAGAAGGAAUGCAGGAAGGCCAAGAAAAGAAAGACUCAAACAUGCUUCAGAAAAAGAGUCUAAGAGGGCGUUUUCAUGUUCUGUGUGUGGACAAGGUGGUCACAAUAGAAAAACAUGUAGGAAUUGA